CGUCUCGGGCUAGUCAGGCUAGUGUUCUGUGAUGGUCAGUUUUAGUUUUUCUAUAGAUGGUCACGUCAUCACUUAUCAAGAAAUGUUUUUAGCUUUUAAUUUAAAAUAAAAUGGAAAAAGAGACAAAAUUUAAUCAACCUGCAAACUCACAAAAUAAAAGUGAAAAAACUGAUGUACAAUCAAAGAAACAAAAAGUCCAAAUUGUGGACAACUGCAUAUUCUUUGUACAUAGAAAAAAGCGAUUUUGUAAAAUGACUGUUAAAAAAGGAGAACAAUAUUGUGGAGAACAUAAGAGAAUUAGCACAAAUGUUGGAGAAGAAAUUGGUAUUAGUACUAAUGAGGGCCCUUGUCGAAUUGUUUGUCCUUUAGAUGGAAAACACACAUGUUAUGCCCAUAAAUUAACAAGACACCUAAAAAUAUGUAAUGCUAGGCCUAAACCUGCAGAACCAUUUAUUGUAAAAGGUUUCAAUACUGAUACUUUAGCUGCACAGGAAGAUAACCUUUACAGACUUUUGUCUACAUUUUCUGCAGAAAAUAUAGCAAUCACUAUUUCUAAAGUUAACUUUAUUUAUCACAAAUUAAUUCACCAAAACCUUUCUGAGAAAUAUGCAACAAGCAAGUUAUUAGAGGAUGAAAUGUUAAAUCCUGACUAUGGAGCUAAAACAAAGAAACAUUUAAAACAGAUAUCUUCUAUAUUGGGACUAAUGGAGGAAUAUAAUCUAAUGCUGCCGGAAACUUGCUACAUUGAAUUUGGUGCUGGAAAAGGUCAACUAAGUUUUUGGCUUUCUAAAAUAAUAGACAAUCAAAAAUCUAAAAUUAUUCUUAUUGAGCGGGCAUCUCCGAAACACAAAAAGGAUAAUAAGUUAGCUAAAACAUCUAAUAAAGUAUACAGAAUAAGAGCUGAUAUUUCCGAUGUAGUUUUGGACAAUUUGGAGGUUAUAAGUAAACAUAAUAUAGUAGGAGUAACAAAACAUUUAUGUGGUGAAGCAACAGACUUGGCUAUAAGAUGUUUAAGCAACAUUCAUGAGAAUAAAGUUUCUGGUUGCGUCUUAACUUUUUGCUGUCAUCACAGAUGUAGGUGGGUCCCAUACACUGGAAAAGAAUUUUUCUUUGAAAAUGGUUUAGAUAAAAAUGACUUCGAUAUCAUGUGUGGAAUGGCUAGUUGGGCGACUUGUGGAACAGGCUUGAGCAGAGAAUUAAGAAAAGGAGUACAUGGAACAGAAUUUAAACAAAAUGAAAAAGAUAUACGGAUUGGACUCUCUCGACAAGAAAAAGAAGAAAUUGGAAUAUGGAGUAAACAUAUUCUUAAUUGGGGACGGUUAUAUUAUUUAGAAAAAAAUAAAUUCAAAUGUUAUUUACAUUUUUAUGUUGAUAAAGAUAUAACUCUAGAAAAUGUGUGUAUCGUUGCAGUUAAAUAGAUAUUUAUUUAUAGAAUUCAAGAUAUAUUUUUUUAUAUAAAAAUAAUAUGAAAUUAACAACGCAAGCGGUCCUAGACUGAUACAAGGUGUACAAGUUUUUUAAUAGGGUAUAGAAGUCCAUAAAUCAAAUUUUUCUAGUCUCUUCUUAAAUUCAAUAAUUAGAAGGAUAUGACAAUUGUUUUAAUUAAGGAAAAUAAUAAAUGUAUUAAUCUUUAAUAGUUAAAAGUUAAGACUAUCUUUAAUUUGACUGAAAAUGAAAUUUGCAAUACUAUACAGA